CUAGCAACGACCGUGUGGAUCAAAAUCUGACACUUUCACCUUCCGAUGAUUUGUUUUUCAAAGGGAAACUUGUCCCAAUCGAGCCUUCUUCCCUUGUUCUUAAUGGCUUAGAGCCUAAUUCGAAGCCUCAGUUCCCUGUUUCUUUUCUGAAAUCUGCCACCAAGUUAAGAGUGUUCAUGUUGGGGUUCAAGAAGUCAAAGAUGAACGCAACGGAGAAGGCCGCCGAGGUUAAUGAAUCUGCUGCUUCUCCUUCUCCCAAACAGCAACAACAGAAGCAAGCAGAGAAAGGAGAGGAGGCGACCAAGCAGAACAAGUUCUUCACUGUCAAGUUCAAGGUCGAGGAGGUUCCUAUAGUUUCUCUCUUCACUAGAGAGAACAGUAAAAGCACCAAGUCCUCGCAGAAACAGAAUAAUACAGAGGAUGCCUCCGCCGCUGCUUCAGAUGAGAAACGGUUUUCGAAAGACGUAAUGCAGAGAUACUUGAAGAAGAUGAAGCCACUUUACAUUCGCGUCUCGAAACGGUACGCAGAGAAACUGAGAUUCUCUGGCCAGCUCAGCUUAGGCUCUGGACUGAAAGCAUCGGCUCCUUCUCUGCCGCCGCCUCCUUCCACGGUAGCUUCAGCGCAGAAAACUUCUCCGUCAAAAUCAAUGACGUCAGCCGAGAAGAGCCAACCGGAGACUGAAAGUACAGAAGCUCCUCCAGCGAGCAAUGCGAAGAGCGUGAGACAAGGGAACUUGCCAGCGGGACUGAGAAUUGUUUGUAAACAUUUAGGGAAAAGCCGAUCAGCUUCUUCUGCAGUGGCGGCUGCUCCAACAGCUCCGGUAAUGUCAAGGAGGAGAGAUGAUUCGCUGUUGCAGCAACAGGAUGGGAUCCAGAGCGCCAUUCUGCACUGCAAGAGAUCAUUCAAUGCUUCUAGAGAUUUGGAUUCCACCCUGUUAUCAAGAUCAGUGAGUGAUCCCUCCUACGAGAAAUCCCAUGAAUUGUCGAGGAAAUCUUCGGGCGAAGGAAAAUUUCCUCUCUCUGAGAAUUGAACCAUCUUAAAUUGAAGGGCGGGAAAUGAUCGGAAAAGAGAAAAGAAGAAGAAGAAUAAAUUGAAGGGCGGGAAAUGAUCGGAGGAAG